AUGCACUUUGACGACAUCUAUGCCAACAUCACCGCUCGACGAAAUCGUAUUUUCUUGUUGAUGGAGGAGGUCCGCAGGCUGCGUAUCCAGCUGCGUGCCAAGGGAGGCACAGAGUCCAAGGAGGCCUUACUGGAGAGCGAGACAUAUCCAUCCUCCAUCCCCCUCUUCCCCGCCAUCUCGGACGAGACCCUCAAGCGGUACUGGCGGUACUACUUCACUGCAGUGGCCGGAAUCAUCAGCUUUGGUGCCCUGCUGGCACCCACGCUGGAGCUUCGCCUAGGCCUGGGAGGCACCACCUACCGCGACUUCAUCGCCAGCUUGCACCUGCCAAAUCAGCUGGCGGACGUGGACCCCAUUGUGGCCUCCUUCUGUGGGGGCGCGGUCGGCGUUCUCUCCGCCCUGCUGCUGGUGGAGAUCAACAACGCUAAAGUGCACAACAAGCAGCGCUGCCUGUACUGCGAGGGGACAGGGUACCUGGCCUGCGGCGCAUGUGAGGGGGCCGGCAGCAACACCAAGGUUGCCGGGGGGGGGGCCUGCGCCAUCUGCGCGGGAACGGGCAAGGUCAUGUGCACCUCCUGCCUGUGCACAGGCAAGAAGCUGGCCACCGAGCAUGAUCCACGUAUUGACCCCUUCAACCCCUUCUAG